AUUGAUGGCGUUUCUAGUCGGCUCAUAUUUAGUGGUGCAUCAUCACACACUAGUAAACAUCCGCUGGAGUUCAAACGCGUUAAUUUUGUUCAUAAUUGUAAGUUAAAUCGUCAUGAGCUAUUUUCUUCCUAAACUGUCGUGUAAAAAAGACAUCGAUGACGCGAUUAAAACGGUCGCUGAGAAGGUUUUAGUGCUGCGAUUCGGCAGAGAUGAAGAUUCCGUGUGUCUGCAGCUGGACGAGAUCCUGUCAAAGACGGCUCAUGAUCUGAGUAACAUGGCGAGUGUGUAUCUGGUGGAUGUGGACACGGCGCCGGUUUAUACCAGAUACUUCGACAUCAGCUUCAUUCCCUCAACAGUGUUCUUCUUCAACGGGCAGCACAUGAAGGUCGACUACGGAUCUCCAGAUCACACCAAGUUUGUGGGAAGCUUCAAAACCAAACAGGACUUCAUGGAUCUGAUUGAAGUGAUCUAUCGCGGCGCCAUGAGAGGAAAACUGAUCGUCCGAAGCCCGAUAGACCCGAGAAACAUUCCCAAAUAUGAUCUGCUGUACCACGACAUCUAGCAGCAGUAAUAGAGUCACUGACGGAGACUAAAGUGAGCUUUCAGAUGUUUGUCUGAGCGAGAGGAUGGAGAGUUUCCUGUGGAAGCGACAGCCUGAAGUAUUUAUUAUGCCACACUUGUUUUGUGUCAUUUUUGUAUGAUGUUUUUAAAAUAAAGGAUAUUGAUUCACACUGA